UUUUCAAGUGUCCGACAAAACCACAAAUUUGACGAUGUAAAUGAAGACAUCGUACAGUCAUCGUAGAUCAGCACGGCGAAUCGACGAAGCCAAGAGGAAAGCGCGUCCAGAAUUGAAUAACUUUGGAUGGGAUACUUUACAUUUGGCUGAAAACUUUUCCAUUCCUGAGAUUAAGGACAGCAUCAUCAGGAUUGAUGGCUCAAAGCUGCCUAUAGAAGAGUUCCGUAAACGAUUCGAAAUUCCUAAAAUACCUUGUAUCCUUACUGGACUUACAGACGAUUGGCUAGCGCACAAAAGAUGGAAUGUAUCGCGAAUAUCGAGAAAGUAUCGCAAUCAACGUUUCAAAUGCGGGGAAGACGAUGAUGGCUAUUCGGUGAAGUUGAAGAUGAAAUAUUAUGCUGACUAUAUGGCCAAUACGAAAGACGACAGCCCUCUUUACAUCUUUGAUAGUGGCUUUGGAGAUCGGCAUAAGACGAACAAGCUUCUUUCGGAUUUCGAAGUGCCCGCUUUUUUCAAAGACGAUUUGUUCGGUUAUGCUGAUUACAAGAAACGACCACCGCACAGGUGGUUUGUGAUGGGUCCUGCACGCUCGGGUACUUCUAUUCACAUCGAUCCGCUGGGUACCAGUGCAUGGAAUUCGCUCAUUGUAGGACACAAACGGUGGGUGUUGAUACCACCAGAUGCCCCUAGAACACUUGUGAAACCUUAUCAAUCGGAAAAAGGCAAACAUCCGGAUGAGGCAGUCACUUGGUUUUUGACUGUCUACAAACGCGUUCGCGCGUCGACUUGGCCAGCAGAAUAUCCGGUAAUCGAAGCACGGCAAGGUCCAGGAGAUACUAUGUUUGUGCCAUCAGGCUGGUGGCAUGUUGUCAUCAAUGAAGACGAUACCAUAGCAGUAACACAAAACUUUUGCUCAGUUGUUAAUCUACCUCAAGUUUGGCCCAAAACUGUAAGGGGUCGUCCGAAACUUAGCAAGCAUUGGUUUAAAAGAUUACACAAGGAACGACCAGAGUUGAUUCCAAUAAUGGAGCAAGCAAUGAAAGGCCCUGUCGAUGACGAUUCUAGCAGUGACUCAUCCUCAAGCAGUUCCAGUAGUGACGAUGAGACUAGUGAGGAUGAACAAUCCAACGGCGCAUGUCCAUGUGUAUCUGAGUCGAGGAAGAGGCGAUACAAUGAAAUUGGUGGUCGUGCAGAGGAAGGAGACUCUUGCGCUUGCAAAAUGCGGAGUAGUCCAAGAAGAUAAGUUAACCAUCUAUAUUUUGCUUUUUUUGCGAUGUUCUCAUAUGUUUCUUUUGUUACCACGUUGUUAUACAAGUGUCUUAUUUGUCCCCAUUUGUCAUUCCUUACAUCUACAUCAUACUGUGUCGGGUAUAGUUAGAUCUUCAAGUAAUUACUGAACCUCAUACUACAUCCUCAUUUUGUUUAUCCGUUUGUUGUGGGAUUGAUGAGUAUAAUGAAGUGUCAGCUGAAAAAGUGUGAUAUCAUCUUUAUACUUCGC